GAAAAAUAAAAAUACUCAACUUUUAAUUAACAUGUUACUAAAGAGGAAGGGUUAAAGCUGAGUACUUGCUCUUCCCCUGAUCGGAUCAGUGCGAAGAAAAUGGGCGCUCAUAUUUUGAAUCAGAUCAGUUUCUUCAAUCUACGCUAAAAGAGGAGACCCAUUCAACGCAUAUUUCCCAUCUAACUCCUAAAUCUCAUUUAAAAAUUCAAACCCACCUAUCUCAUUCUUUGUUCUCUCCCUGAAGAAGAUCCCCUUUCAGCCUCUGGAAACCCUAAAAUCAGAUCAAACGAAAUCCGGCAACUCAAUCUUUGUUCCGAUCAAUUAUUGACACAACAGAGGUAUAUGAAGAUAUCAACUGAAGCAAUGGAUGUCCAGAAAACUUGAUUCAGUUUCGACCCAGGGAGGAUAUACAAGUUCCAUCACACCCUACUUCCCGACAUAUGCAUAAGGUAAAGGGCCACCGAUGAUGAUGCAAGAACGGUUCAAAAGUGUUAUCAGACAGUUUUUUUAAUACGCGGGGGAAUCAUACGUUCUGGUGAUGCGGUUGAUGAUGACACGACAAACAUUAUAGUUACUCUUGAUACUGUUGAUCCAAGCAAGGUUUGCCUAGAUCCUUGCUGAUUGAAAGUCAUUCCGACAUGCCAUCAUUGAGUCUAGCUGUCCGCUACAGCAACCAACAGAAUGCAGGGUAUGUCCCAAACGGGUGCAACAUAUGAAUCUAAGAGCUGUUGGGAUCAUAGGCACAUGGACCGUGGUAUGCUUCAGUACGCGAAAUGGAAACAGGUACAUGGUUCGUGCAUUUUUAAUACUCGGUAAGAAAGGGGUCAUCAAAUGUGUAUUUUUAAGCAUGUUAAAGUAUUGAUACUAUAUCACUAUCUGGCUCAUAUGAACUGGCCUGUAAACGCUGACGACUCUAGCCAUGGCCGACAUCAUAGAUCAUCUUCGAAAAAGAAGUCGAAAUCUCUAUUACCUGAAUCCUCCGACGAAGAAGAUGACGAUAGUGAUGAAGACAGUGAGUCUGAUUCGGUUAGUGACUUAGGUACUGUGUUGAAGCAUGAAAAGUCAAGUAAAAAGAACAAAAAGAAGUCUUCGAAAACGGUUGUUAUCCGGAACAUUAAUUAUAUUACUUCCAAUAGGAAGAAUUCUGAUGGAGGUAGUGAUGAUUCGGCCGAAGAUGAAGUUGACGGUAUUCUUGAAACAUUGGCGAAACACCAUAGUAAGUCGUCGAAAUCACACGAGAAGAAGAAAAAGAUUCGGAUUUAGAUAAUGAUUCGGGAAAACGAAAUGAGAAUUGGGAUGCGUUCCAAAAUCUGCUCUUGAAAGAUGAUGAUCAAGAUGAGCAUUUCGCAAACCGAAAUGAUGCGAUGGAUGUCGGUUCGGAAAGUUAUGUGAAAAAAUCAUCCGAAAGCGAGAGCCAACGCCAACGACUCUUUUGUGGUUCCUGAUAGAAAUGGAUUCAAUGAAUCGAGAAAAGUCGGCUCUCAUGAUUUUGAAAAUGGUGAGACUUUUAGGAUGAAGGGUAGAGAUUCUUCGAAUGCUGAUCUGGUAGUUUCACACAGAUUCGGUGGCGGAACCAAUGGAACGAUGGGUUUUCGGGAUCUUGGCCUCCAAAUCGUCGAUGAUUAGAAACAAAAGGGACGGAGAUUAGUUUGUGGUCAAGAAUUUCGAGAGUCCGAUCGAAAACUCAACAUUUAAUGAUGACUAUACUUCAAUGAGAGGCGACGUUUUUUCUCUGAAACAAACAAAAAGACUGAACUCAUAGAUGAUUCUUUCAUGGUACAACCCCAAACAGCAGUUGCAUAUGAUUCACAAUGGCGGUCAACCGACGUUAGCAUGGUCGAGAGCGUUAACAAACCCGAUGCUAAUGAGUCUAGCCAGGCAGCGAAAAACGGAUUCUAUGAGCCAGAUGACCUCUAUUUGAUGGUCUCAUGGGAUUCUGGGGUCGAGCCAUUGGUUAGGUUCUCGUGGACCCCGGAAGUAGACUAUGGGACCGAGGCUCAGUUCACAAAGUCUGAACCCAAGCCGGCUCCUGUUGAGACGAAAGAUCAAACCAAAGAGUCUCCGGUCAAAGCUAAAGCGAAGAAGGUAACAAAGCCUCGACCUUUGUCGAGAUUUCUCCCAACGGAGAAGUGGACACCUUUCGUGAGUCGGUCAGUGGUUCCCAAGAGCAAAAGAGAACAGGAAGAUGAGAUUCAAAAGAGGGUGGAAGAACUUGCGGCGAACGACAAAGGAGAAUUGCCGAAAGAACCGCAGCGAGUGCUUCUACCAAGAAGCCUGUUAUCCAAAAGGGCAGAGGGUGUUGGUGAAGGAGACAAAGCUUCAUUUGGCACAAAAAGAGCUGUAUAAGUUAAAGGAAUGAUUAAACAAUGCUGAGACUACAAAAACCGGUGCACUAACCGAGCUCGAAUGAGCCAAAAGAACAGUCGACGAUCUGAAGAAAAAGCUCGAGACCAUUAACGCGGCGAAAGAAGCGGCAAUCAAGGCGGCAGAAGCAGCGAAGAGUCAAGCAACUGUUUUAGUAAUAUAACAUCACAUGAUUAUUUUUAUCUACGUUUACACAACUAUUUUAUACAAAAGCGCAUAUGUGAGAUAUAACUGUUUUUUAUUUUAUUCAUUACCAUGACAAAA